CUCCGCCUCAGAGGCUAAAAGAUGGCCGAAGCACAUCCGUGGCCUAGCCGGUUCUUCUGUCACAGAUGUACCGCUGAGAUCAACCCUCGCCUUCCCGAAUACACAUGUCCUAGAUGUGAGUCGGGGUUCAUCGAGGAGCUGCUGGAAGAAAGAAGUGCUGACAAUGGCUCCGCGUCUACCAUCUCCAGCGGGCCACAAAACCAGCAACCAUUUGAGAAUGCAGACCAGCACUUGUUCACAUUCCCGUCAGGCUACGGCCAAUUCUCGCUGAGCGUCUUCGAUGACGCCUUCGACUUCGGAGCCGCACACGGAGCGGAGGACAACCGUGAUGCCGAGAGCCGGCAAGAAAGGGAGAACACGUCGCGGCAGCGCUACAGUGCCAGGCAGCCAAGGAGUCGUCACGGCUCGAGACGGCAGCCCGGCAGGCAUGAGGGUGUUCCGACUUUAGAGGGAAUCAUUCAGCAGCUAGUAAAUGGAAUCAUUGCACCUACCGCAAUGCCAAAUAUUGGUGUUGGACCCUGGGGUGUUCUUCAUUCAAAUCCUAUGGAUUAUGCAUGGGGUGCUAACGGGUUAGAUGCGAUUAUAACGCAGUUAUUAAACCAGUUUGAGAACACGGGGCCUCCGCCUGCUGAUCGAGAUAAAAUAAAAAAUCUACCGUCAGUCCUAGUUACAGAGGAACACGUUGCUUCAGGGUUGGAAUGUCCUGUGUGCAAAGAAGAUUACAGCGUGGGAGAAAACGUGAGGCAGUUGCCGUGCAAUCACAUGUUCCACAACGAUUGCAUUGUCCCCUGGCUAGAGCAGCACGACACGUGUCCGGUGUGCAGGAAAAGCUUGAGCGGCCAGAACACGGCAACUAACCCUCCAGAAUUAUCAGGGAUGAACUUUACCUCCUCAUCUUCCUCCACCUCCUCAACGUCCUCGUCGUCUUCCUCCACCCCGCAUUCCUCCAGCUCCACCAGUAACGAGAACUCCACUGACAACUCUUAGAGAAGCAUUUCAUACCCGUCUCCAUCUUUUUUUUUUUUUUUCUGGAGGUCCACUGCUGCUACGGCCUUGCUUGCUUCCCCGAAAAGGGGGAGAAAACCUGGUUCUCAGUCUGUUGUCUCAUUAAGAGCACCCAUUCAGCAGUAAGGAAGACGUGAUGUCCAGUUGCUCCUGUUUUAUUAAAUCCAUCAGGGAUUCAAAAAAAAAAAAAACUGGAUGGAGGCUCCGUGGAAGAAAGCUUUUGUCGGGGACAAUGUGGGGAAGCAUGCAAAAGACUUCAAAGGAUGCCUCAUGCUAGACCAUUUGGAAUUGAACUGUUUUUGCCAGUGUGAAAAGCAAAAUGAACAUUUUAAGAGGAGCAUUCAUAUCUCAGAACUUUACCAAGCACCUAAUUUUUCUCUAUGGUUCCUUUUGUUUGGAAUUUUGCAAUGACUAAACUAUCAAGGAUCCACUUUCAGUUUUAACUUAAGACCCAAGCAUAUUUUUACAUAAAAACUUGCUUUCCACAUACACAACCGUUUUUAUAUUUUAUCUGCAAUGCCUAAAAAUCUCUUGUAUCGCCCAUGUAGUUGGAACAUUUCAAGUGUGGUUUAACCUCAGUGGAAAGUGAGCUCUUUUCUAAGAUUGCCUUUUGAUUUGCAGUAUGAUCAUGUAUGAAAUAAAGAGCUCUGGGUCAAAACACUCAA